GGUGAGGGUGACGAGCAGAUCAGAGCAAGUAAGACACACAAAUGCCUUGCAUUGAUACUGCACUGAUGGGAUCCUACUGGUACCUGUCUGCCCCAAUACUGCUGCUGUUCUCAUUGCUUGGCUCUAUAUCUUGCCUACAGAAUGUAUCAGGGAAUCAGGGUGGAACUGUAACUCUCACAGUGAAGCUGAAUUUACCUGCACAGAAUCAGUGGGUGGUAACAUGGAGGUUUGGUGUCAGUCCAAUUGCAUCUGCAGCAGUGGGUAACCCUCCAACUUAUAAUAACAGCUGCACAGACAGAUGCCGCCUGUAUGGAAACGCUAAUCUCCAGCUGGACAAUCUCACUCCUGCAGAUACAGGGGAAUAUACAGUCAUUGUAACCAACAUAAACGCUGGUCAGCAACAAACAGAACAGUUUCAUCUCACAGUUUACAGUGCUGUAACAUCUGCAGAGAAUGUAGCUGGGACUGAGGGCAAAUCUGUGUAUCUCACAGUGAAGUUGGAUCUCCCUGCAAUGCGGCAGGUACAAUGGAGGGUUAAUUCCAGCACUCUGAUUGUAAUUGGAUCAACUGGCGGAUCUCCUGCUUAUACUGAUAAUUAUAGAGGCAGAUGCCACCUGUAUGAUAAUACAACUCUACGACUGGACAAUCUCACUCAUGCAGACACAGGGGAAUAUUCACUCUCUGUAUCCAACCUGGACAGUGGAGCCACAGUGACAGGAUCAGUUUAUCUCACAGUUUACAGUCCACUUUCCUAUCCAACUCUCAAUGUGAACAAUACUUAUCCUGUUAAUGACACUAGUGUGACCCUCCAUUGUGAUGCUGGGGGCCAGAAUGUGGUUAAUUACACUUUUUACAAAGAUGGAGUAACUGCCUGCUCCCAGCCCCAUGUGACCUGCAACAAAGACUUCCUGUACUUCCAGCCAAUCACGAUGAGUGACACCGGGAGAUACACCUGUAAAAUAGAGAAUCCUAUCAGCAGUAACACCAGCCAGCCGCUCAGUAUAAUAGUCAUAGGACGAGUAUCUGGGGUGACACUGAGCAGUAAUGCAUCUUCAGGGCUGCUGUGUCCUGGGAAGGAUUCAGUGACUCUAACAUGUUCAGCUCUUGGCACUAAUGUCACUUUCUCCUGGUACCUGGAUGGAGCACCAUUACCUCAAGACUCCAGAUAUCACUUAAUGAAUUCCAACUCCAGCCUCAUUAUCAGCCCUGUGGAGAGGACAGACAGUGGAUCCUUCAUCUGCAUUGGCUCUAACAGUCUGAAUAGUGAGACCAGUAACCUCCUGACUCUCAGACUUGGAUGUACUCCUGAUGGAAAUGUCCAGUGUAAUGCAGUCAGAUUGGGUCAGAUGGUGACACUGAGCUGUUCUUGGCCUGGAGGCAACCCUGCUGCAAAUGUUACCAUGAUAUUUCAGAAUACCAGAUACACAGAACAGGAUACGGUGACUAUGGAUGUACCCCUUAAUGACAUCUCCUCUGGAGCUGAACUAACCUGUCUGGGAACACAAGAAGGACACUUUUCAUUCAGCACAAUGAUAUUAGGAACUCCAAUGGGGGCAACCAGUAACUCUGUCUCCUUAGUGAAGAAAGGAGAAAAUGUCACCAUGUCUGUCAACUUAAACUGGAACAGAAAUGUUUCUCCCAGAAUUCAAAUCCUUCCUGCAACAUUCUCCUGGUUCCAUCGUAGUUCUGACCGCCCUCUUUCAGUCAGUGGAGGAAAGAUCUCAGUCAUUUCCAGUGAUUAUAAAUCAGAGCUGGUGAUCUCUUCAGUGACUGACAGUGACAAUGGAAUUUAUGAAUGUAUUGCUGAAAAUUUUAUAGGAAAAUCAACUUUCCUCUUUGAACUCAGUGUGACUGCAGGUUCAAACCAGCUGUCUCCUGGUGCAAUAGCCGGCAUUGUGAUCGGUGUCCUGUUUAUUGUAGCACUGAUACCUCUCACCAUCUUCUUCAUUCUCCGCAAGAAGAACAACAAAAAGACUCCAACUCCCACAAAUCCUGUAUAUGAGAAUACAGGCCCUCAAGCACCAAACACUUAUGACCGGGUCAUUUUAGGAUCAAAGGAGAACAUGGCAGAAAGUAAGCCUCAGGAAUCUGGCUAUCAGGAACUUCAAUUCCCGCACAAUAACGUGUAUAAUCAUUUGCGGAAAACUCCCAGAUAAUAAUCCAGAUUAGUCUCAAUGCUGAUAAUUCAACCCAAUUCCUAAUAAUGGAGCACACAAACUGGGGGCCAGAACACAGCCAGACAAACGAAAGUCAGAAAAAGUUAUUCAUCUCCCCAGACAGUAUUUAAAGAAGCUUAGUGUGGAGACAUCAGUGGCAUUUUACUUAUUCUGCUCUGUUUUAGUGAGAUGUUAUACUUUGAAUGUAUGACAUUAUAAAUUCUCUAUCUCUUUUAUUAUGUAAAGUGCUGCAGGAGACAACAAUGGAAUGUACAUAAUAAUAAAAUGAAGGGACUUACAAGCAUUGUACAUACACACAAACAUAGAGGGGAAUGAAACUAUGAUUUACAUGUUUCUGUGAUAAAUAAUGUGAAUCAUCCAUAAAUAUUUGAUGUAUUCCUUAAUUGUGUUCAGAGGGACUUUUAUUUGCCAAACAUACUUCUGUAUUUUCUUUUCAGUCUGAAAUUUGGCCACACGCCCUAAGCCAGACACCAACUUAUAUAACUGUUUUCCUGAAAAGAAAUAUGAGGCACUCGGGGGCAGAAUCAGUGGCAAAGAUCUUCAUUGCCAUAGGCUUACAUCAUUCCUAGGUUGAUGCAUUAUAUCUGUGUAUGACAUACUCAUUUCUUCCUUAGCCAUCUGUUAGGUUUUACUUCUACUUUAACUAAAUGCAUUUCUAAUAGUCAUGUUAAAGAAAGGUCUUUAUGCUGGAAGAAAACAUAUUAAUGGCGUUGAAAACUGAAUAUAAAAGAAAUUAAUCAUACCCAACAAGACACAUUGAGCAAAAACUGUGAAAUAUAUGAGAGAGCAUUUAAAAUGUACCUUUGAAAAGAUAUUUUGUAAUACUACAUAUGAUCAAGUGGAUAUGGUGGGUUAGUUAGACACAGACAUGUUGGAAUGUGAUUGGCAAGGUAACUAUAUACAAGAGAAAAAUCAAACCCACUAAAAGCAGUAUUAAUAAACUGCAAGAGUUGUUAUUAGCAGUGUAGGCACUCAUUGCACUAAUUACUUUUAGUUUAUUUAUUCUGCUUGGAGCUCAUUGAUCUUUCACUUGUUUUUGGUUACUGUUCUCAAGAUGUAACAUAGACACUUACGGGCAGAUUUAUCAAGGGUCAAAUUUCGAAGUAGAAAAAGCUUCAAAAUUCGACCAUCGAAUUG